CUUGCAACGGCAAGCUCACAACGCCAUGGUGCGCAAGAAGAAGAAGUCGCUGAACACGCUCGUCAAGGCCAAUGGCCUCGCGACCGCCGACGCGCCGCUGCCCGCCGACAUUCGCUCGAUCCUGCUGCCAUCGCCUACCGCCGUCUCGCUCCCGACCGGUGCCAACGCGACGCUGGACCUCGACCUCGCGUCGCUGACGCACAACCUGCUCCACGCGCCCGACUCGUAUGCGCAGCUCAAGGCGCUGCAGCUCUUCCGGUCGCACCUCAAGCUCGUCGUCGCCGCGGCGCCCGCGAUCCGCGAGCUCGACGCCGCCGCCCAAGCCCACCUCUGGUCGUUUGCGUCGACUGCGCUGCGCUUCGCCUUUCGCCUGUACAUUGCCAAGCCGCUGCGGCUCAUGCGCAAGACGAUCCUCCCGAUUCUCGAUGCGCUGCUCUCGUACGACGCGGCGUUUCCGCACCUCGCGUCGCCGUCGCUCUCGGAUGUUCUCGCCGACGAAGUCGAGUCGUUCCUCCAGGUCGCGACCGCCACCGAUGCGCACGCGACGUCGGACGCGCUCGACGUGGUCGACCAGCUCCUCGGCCUCGCCGAGUGCCCGCACAUUGCCGAGAUGCUCUGGCUGCUGCACCCGCUCGGGCACCCGGGUCUCUCGUCGCUGCUCGCGUUUUGCGCCACGCAGCUGCGUGUGCUCUCGGCGCCGAUUGGGGCCUACGCAGCGACGACGACCAAUGACAGCAACGAUGACGACGACGACGUCAUGCAGUCGUCCGAGGUCAUCCACGCCUCGGAGCGCUGCCAGAAUCUCCUCAAGACGCUCAUCCUGCUCUCGUCCGUGCAGCAAAAGACCGCGACGCGUGUCGUGCUCUUGUCGACAACGACGACGAUCGGGUCGCCGCGCUCGCUGCAUGCGACGCUCGAGGCCAUGGUGCUGCAGUGCGUCACCGUGCUCAACUCGCCGGUUGUCGCCAAGGACCUCCUCACCCAAGUGGGUCUCGUCACCGCGCUCCUCCUCAAGCUGCACUAUAACGGCAAUGAUUUCGCCGGCGACAUGCUCGCGUGGGUCUUCCCGUCGUCUCCGAGUGUCGUCGGCUGGCUCCCGUGCCUCGACCUCUUUGCGUUCACGCCGGUGUCGCGCCUCGCCUUGUACCGCGGGCUCUUGAAUGCGAUCGACGAUGCGGCCUUCCAACGCCCGUUCCAGUCGUCGAAUGUCCUCCAGGUGGCCUUUGACACGGUGCUGCGCUCGUGUGUCGGGGCGCCGACGCUCAACACGCGCCUCUAUGCGUUCCAAGUGCUCGAAAUGUUCCUUCGGCGGACGAUCGCGCUCGCGCAGCGCACGCACUCGGAUGUGCUCACGCCGACCUCGGUCCUCAACGUCCUCGACGUCGUUUUGCUCAACUGGGAGCACCCGUCCAAGCGCAUCAAUCAAUUCAUGACGCCGCUGUUCACGCAUCUCGUUGCGCUCCUCGACCUCAAGGCGUCCAGCGACACGAAGAACAAGUGGAGUGCGAUUCUCGCGCGGGUCUUGGCGCAACCGGAAGAGAGUCGGUCGCGGUACCUCGCGACGACCGUCCUCCUCCCCAAGGUGACGGCGACCGGUCUCCUCGCAGCCCACGACGGCUUUCUUGCGUCGGUGCUCGUGGCUGUGGCGAACAAGGACGUCUCGGCCGCCGCUGCGGUCUUUUGUCCAAGUCGUCGACGACCUCCGGCGCACGACGACGGAUGCGGCGGCGUGGGCCGCCAUGUGGGUUCCCUACCUUGUGAACGCACUCUUGUCGAGCGACGCUGGCAGCCGCCUCCGCGUGGCCACGUAUGUGCUUCCGAUCUUGAUCAAGACGGACGCGUCCAGCGUGCCGCCGCUCCUUGCUGCUCUGCGCGCGCAGCCAGCGUCCGACACGCAGCUCUGGUCGAUGCUGGAGCUUGUCAAGUGCGCGCGCAAGUCGGUGGCGUCACCGCCGACGUUGACGCUCGACGAAGUCCACGUCGGCCUCGUGCACGCGGACGGCGAGAUUCGCAUGGCCGCGUACGACAUGGUGUGUUCGAGCCUCAAGACGACGGCGCUGCCUUCGCCGUCGGACCUGCAACUCGUGCAGCUCUUUUCAUUGCGAGUGCCAAGUCGAUUGCACCGUCGCUCCGCAUGAAGUCGAUCAUUGGCCUCAAGGCGAUGCUGCUCCGGAUCCGCGAUGGCAUGCGCAAGAGCUGCCGUCGGGAGGCCGCGACCACUGACGACGUCGCGCUGCAGUUUCCGCAGUGGGUCGCAGACCUCGUCGUCGCGUGUGUCUACCCUGGCGCAACGCCGCAGCGGGUCACGAUGGGUCUCGAGAUUCUCCAGCUGUAUUUGCAGAUCUUUGAUGGCACGCCGUUUCUGUUUCCGGCGGUCACGAAGGCGCUCUUCAACGCACUCAUUAGCUCGUGGGACAAGGUGCGUGCGCUCGCGUACUCGAUUCUCGAGACGUUUCCGUCGCCACUGCCCGGCUACGACGACGCAGUGAACCUCCAGUCGCUCUACCGCUGGGCGCUCACGCUCGCCAGCAGCCCGCGCCAGCGCGAGACGGACGCCGGUGCGCUCUUCCUCCGACUCUUGGCCAAGCAAAGUGCGCUUUUGGUGCAGUUUGGGAUUGUGCCCUCGUCGAAGAUCGUUGGCGCGUCGGCGCAACAAGCCAUGGUCGACCAUCUCGUGGGCACUUUGGCCUCGCGUCUCGCGGUGGUGCGCGCUAACGCGGAUGUGUCGGAGCCGCCGCUCAUCCACGGCCUCUUGCUUUCGAUCCGGUUCUUGCUGGACGACGCGACGGUGACGCUGCCGACGUGGCAGACGACCCUCGCCUCGACGUUCGAAUGCCUCUGGGAGAGCAUGCAACUCGCUCUGAGCGUCGUCGGUGAUGCCACGUCCGGCAUUGGCGCGGCGUCGCUCGACGAUACGUUUGACGUGGCGAACGAAGUGCUCACGUCCGAGCAGCUGCGCGCCAAGGCCGUCGACUCGCGUGGCCAUGUCGCUUUGGACGAAGACGACACGGACCCGGACACGGAGCAGCGCGCGGUUGUCGGGAGCUGGCUCGCCGCGCGCGAAGCCGGCGCUGCCAUGGACACGCUUGUGCGGCUGGCGCUGCCGCUUGCGACAGUCGCCGACGACGCGCUCCUCACGUCGUUGCACAAGGCCGGCGCGACGUUGCUGAACGCGCUCUUUGAGCUAAAACACGGCGGUGCGGUCGCGACCGUCUCGGUGGCGUUCGAGGGCAUUUGCCGGUCGCUCUUGCACCACAGUGAACGCCACCGGCACCUCGGCACGUGGCCGGCCAAGUGGUGCGACACGCUCCUGGCGCGCCUCGAGCACGCCGAGCAGCAGUUCAUUUUGCGCCGGUCCGCGGGCUUUGCGAGCUCGUUUGUCGCGCUCCUUCGGUCCGAGCCCCGCAACGCGGCUGCGACGAUGCUGCCCAAGGUGCUCGGCGUGCUCCUCCGUCUCGGGAGCCGCGUCAACGCGAUCGACAAGUCGCGUGUGCAUGCGCUCAACAUUCUCAAGCUCCUCGCGCAAGACGCCGUCCUCGCCGAAGACAUGGCCGCGCACGUGCCCGAUAUGCUCCGCCUCGCGAUCGAUGGCUUCGAGAGCACGUCGUGGGCGGUCCGGAACUCGUCGAUGAUGCUCUUUGCGGCAGCGACCCAGCGCGCGAUUGGCGACAAGCAGGUGGCCGACGGCGCGGCGACCAACGGCGUCUCGUCGACCGACGUGUUUUCACGCUGCGCCGGCGUCGACUCGUUCUUGGCCGAGCACGUGGGUGCGAUGACCCCCUCGGCGCUGUACCCACUCUUGCUCUUGAUGAGCCGCCUCCGCCCGGGCGACGGUUCGACCACGAGCGUCCUCCCGCUCUCGACAUUUGUGCCGAUGGUGACGGCCUGCGCGUCGCAAUCCCACAUCUUUCACCGACGCAUUGCCGCGUACGCCUUGGCCGCGAUCGUGCGGACACAGGACAUUGCCGAUGUGGUUGUAUCGCUUCUGCCGUCGCUGUCGCAGUGGAUGCCGCGCCGCAUCUCGCACAAUGCGAUGCACGGCACGUUGCUGCAGCUGCUUUCGCUCGUCGACCGUGCGGCCGACGACACGGGCAAGAAGCUCUUGUCAGCCUCGGCGUUCGCAUCGUUGCUGGCGCCCAUUGUGCACGCGUGCACUGCGUUGCUGCCGUCGGCGCUCGCCCUUAAGUGCAUGACCACGAAGGGCACGUUCUUGCAGCUCGUCUCGCGCGUCUUGCAGCAUGCGUCGGACGCAACGCUGACGCAGAGCAUGUGGGACGCGUGUCUCAUGCUGUACAAGGACGAGGCGCCCCGCCACCGGAGCCCCGGCCUCGAUAUCGUGCACCAAGCGGUGGCUGCGUUUGUCGUCGACUACGUUGUCGCCCACCCGGUGCACGCCGACGUGCUGCGCGCCGGUCUCCGUAGCUCCGUGUUUGAGCUCCGGCGGUCGACGACGACUGCGUGUGCGGCCCAUCAUGCGACUGCGACGGCGCCACUGACCCUCGUCGCGACGCUGGCCGCGCAAGUCGUCGUCGAGACCCACCCGCCGACGCUCGGCCGCCAGUUGCAACUGCUCGUGACGCUCGCGCCGUCGUCGGGGGACGUCUGGGCGACCGUGUCGCCCGCGCUGCCCACCUUGCUCAAGCUCAGUGUCCACGCCGUCGACGCGACGUCCAAGGCCGCCGCGCUCCAGGUGCUUGCGCUCUUGCAUGCGAAUGCGAAUGGGUCGGCGCCGCCGGCCCUUGCCGAGACGCUCGUCGGUCAAAUUCAAGUGCUCAGCGACGAGCUGCAGCCGCUGGUUGUCCGCUUGGCGGCGGCCCGCAGCUUGCAUCUGAGCACGCUUUUGGCGCAGCGCUCGAACGUCCACGUGGUCGUCGACGGCUGGCUCGCAGCGCUCGUCUUGCUCCAGGACGACGAAGCGUGCGUGCGCGAAGCGAUUCGCGCGACGGUCGCGCCACUGGUCACGUCGGUCCACGCCGCGCCGUCCGACAUGAUGGUGCUUCCGUACGCAGUCGCCUACUUGGCGCAAACCUUUGGCCACGUCGAUCGUCUCCAAGAAGCGGUGGGUAGCUACUUGACGACGUACACGGCCCUCUUCCCGCGCCUCGACGAGUGCAUCAGUGCGUCCGACGGCCAUGCGUACAAUGUGCUCUGCGACAAGAUUUUCGAGGCCGAGAGCGGCAACUACUUCAAGGAGCCGGAGCUGCUCGUGCAGCUCUUUGCGCAGCAUUUCGUGCGCACGGGCAAGGUCCGUCUCCCGACGCUCUUGUCCGAUCUCGAAGCGUGUCUCGUCCGCUGGGCGGCCGCGAACGCGCUGCACCAGCAGGCGUGGGUCGGCGGCACGACUUUCUUUCCGGACGUCUUCCCGCUCUUCCAUAACGCGGUGGUUGUCGCGAUUGCCCAAGUGCACGCAACGAACGAGGCGCAUGGCGCGUUGCAAGCGAUCGCGCACAAGCACUCACGGCUCUUGUGCCAAGCACUCACGGCGUUGGCGACUGGGGACGACUCGUUGGCGCCACUGCUCUUCCUGACGCCGUCCUGGGCGAGCCAGCACCAGAUUGUGGCGUAA